AUGUCAAUAGCACCAAUACCAACAGAAUUGCAAGGACUAACCAUGGUUGAACAAAUGCUCAUAGCUCGCGUUCAUCCUGUAAUGCGUAUAUACCAAGUUAAAGCACACGGCUCUCGCGGUCAGUUCCAUUACAAAGGGCAUGCUAUCAACAUAGAGCAAGACAUCAAGGAAAUCGUCAAAAUCUUGCCACAAUCUCCCGAAGCAUUGUCUGUUCUGAUCGUUCGCCGGGAAAGCGUGUGUGGAUAUGCAGAUUUCCGUGUUCGAAGAAAAAAUGUUCUCUAUGCACCACGUUGGUUGUCUGUAAACAAUCCACUUUACGCUGACGUGCAAAUUGAUAUGCAUGGAGUACAAGCCCUUCCCGUUGAUGGUGAUAUAUCUAAUGAUCUUCCAUUCUUCGAAGACGGAGGUAUAUCUGAUGAAUCUAUCGAAUUCGAAAACAGAGGUAUAUCUGAUGAAUCUAUCGAAGCAGAUCAAAUUGAGGAAUCCGCUGUGCCAUUGCCACCGAAGAAGACGCACUUUGACGCUAUUCAACAAACUUUAAAUUGGCCAACAGCAAAUUCGGAACCAGUCAACGAGUACAGGCAAUCUGGAUACAUACCCCUGGCAUUUCCUCAUCUUUUCCCAGAUGGCAAGCCAGACUUUCUCGACUUUUCACGCAACAUAACGGUCUCAUUCAGAGAGUGGUGUGAAUUUCUAAUGCGAUCACCUGACCAUCGCUUUGCUCAAGAUCUACGGUUCAGAUUUCAUUGUAUUAAUACGAUGCAGCGACACGACGCCACCAGACAAAGUACUAUAUUUGCGAAGAAAAACGACUUUACUUGCAAUAUACAACAGUUGUCACUUGAAGUUCAACGCAAUUCUUCUCUCCUCAAACGUCUCCUAUCGUGGGGCUUUAAGAUACGUGGAACUUCAGUUUACUGGUACCAACGGCGUUUAGAAUUGUAA